AUGGCCACCAAUUCCAGUCUAUCGUCAUCGUUCGAAAUAAUUUCAUCCCUUCGCUUCGACCCUGGUCUUCCAGAGGCAGCCUGUCGCUAUGCGUCAUCUUAUCCUGAACAUCCCAAUUCGCCGUACUACCUCCUCGGCUAUCAUCAAGCUCGGCUCCGAGCUGCGGCAAAUCAUUUCCAAUGGGACGGCGCUCUAAACUGGCUGAAACAGGACUUACAAAGCUUUGAGAAGUUCAUUGACGCGUCGAUAUCAGAUCGAAGCAAGGCAUGGAGACUACGAAUUGUGGUGAACAGCGAAGGAGAAGCCAGAGUCGAGGCAAACCCAACACCAAGCAUUGAUAUAAUGAGUCUGUUCAUUCCGCCCCUACAGACGAACCAGAGUUCGCCGAUAUGGCGCGUCUAUAUCGAUACCCAACCGACGACUCCGUCCGGGUUCACAACGCACAAAACUACCGCGCGCGACGAAUAUAACUCUGCACGGCUGAGAGCAGGGAUCCUCUCGCCGUCGGAGCCAGCAGAGGUAUUGGUCGUGAAUUCGGGGGGCGAAAUUAUGGAGGGCAGCAUCACGACGCCGUACUUCUUACGAGACAAUGUGUGGUUCACGCCACCACUGAGCAGCGGCGGCAAUGCAGGCACAACUCGGAGAUAUGCGUUAUCGCAAGGGUUCUGUCAGGAACAAACCAUCUUCCGGGAUCAGCUCGUAGAUGGCGAGUUGUGUUGGUUGAGUAACGGUGUGAGGGGAUUCAUGCGAGGCCAAAUUGUGGCCAAGUGA